UAAUCAACUGCAUCUUCUGUUAUCGAUUGGCGGCAACACGGGAUUUUCUAACAAUAUUAAAUAGAAUAAUAAUAAUAAUUACAUUUAUACAAAUACACGGCAGGGAAACAAAUUGCACGCCAGUUUGGAGGAAAUGCUCAGGACAGUGACCAUUGAGCUUUAGUGGAACUUUUAUUCCCUGAAACAAAAAUCAAGAACAUUGAAAUUCUUUUGUGUUUCGAAUUUUGAUCAAUUUAUGACUGAACAGGGCAGCCAAGAAGAAACGUAAGCGAUUGGUAUGGAAACGCCUGCAUAUGCCACGAAAUCUGGCGGAGAACUGGUGCUGCCCGAAGCUCUGGAGGACUUGAUGGAUUUGGAAGACCAGGACGCGGGCGGGAUGAAGUCCAACGUUAAGGAUAAAUCCAUGGAUUUGGAUAUCUAUCACGAUUUGUACGAUAUAGAGCCUGCAGGUUCAAAGAAGCCUGACCAAAUGGACAGAUCCCUUGAACUGGACAUCUACGAUGAUUUGGACGACUUUCAGAAGGCCGAAGAUCGUAAUACCAAGGAGCUACAGGCAUGGGAAGCCAAAUACGAAAAGGCACUGGCCGAAAUUGAAGCGCUAAAGGUUGAGAAUAAGGCACUUGGCAAGAAGAUAAAAACCAUGGAGGUUAAUCUACAGAAUCUACUGGACACAGCUAAGGCGGAGGUAAAGAGAAAAGAGACACUGAUUGCCGAGCUGCGAAACGAAAAGGACGAUGUAUGCUUCCGACGAAAACGAGCACGGGCGUUUGACGUACCAGGUGCAAGGGAACCCGAAAGUAAGCGUCCGAAAGAAUUUCAAUCUACACCAAUCGAUGUCAGGAAAUAUCCGGAAACGAAUAGAAAUCCGUUCAAAACGGCUGCAAAGGACGCCGCUAAGGAUGAUGCUAGGAAGAUGAUGACCAAAAAAGAUGACACAACGAAAGUCGUAUCAAAAGAUGUUGAAAGAGGCGUAAAAUCCAAGGAGGAUAAUAAGAUGGCGACCAAUAAAGAUGAUGACAAGAAGUCAUCCUCAAAGGAUGAUGCUUGGAAAUCUAGGACAAGAGAAGACGCCAAGAAAUCGGUCCAAAGAAGCAAGUCUCCCAGGCCGGAACACUCAAAGACCACCGAUCGGAAAUCUACUGCACAGGCUCGUCGUCCAGAUCCACAUCGCAGCCGGAGUCCAAAACAUAAUUCCCGGCGAGAUCAUCACAGGAAUCAAGAAAGCAGUUCCCGGCACGCCAAACGGCGAAGCCAAUCCGCAUCGCCCAGCAAGAUACAAUUGCCAAGAGAAAAAGCAAAUGCCAUCAUCACACUUACUGACGAUGAAACAAAUGACCAACGCAGCAAGAGCCCAGUCCCCGUGACCGUCAAACUCGUAACUGAAUCUCAACCGGCUGAAAAAGUCGUUUCCAACCGAAGGGAUGCUGCUUUAGAAACCAAUGCAAAUUCCUCAAAGGAAUCAAAAGUAGAGACGAAGGAUAUUACUCAACCGACAAAUGGUUUAAUUGCUGAACCUUGUAUUCCAAAACAUGAGAUUAUUCCGGGGUUAAGCUUAAUUAACCCAGAAUCGGCGGAUUUUUCUAAAAAUGAGAUCAAGUUAGAUCCUGUAAUCUUACAGGAUCGUACAGAAGACUCUGGCCACCAACUUUUAAAUAAGGAGCCUAUUCCCAAAGUUGUAGUACUUGAAAAAUGUAAAAACAUUUUAGCUGAAGAUUGCCCAGCUGAUGAGCAACCCCUGGACAAAUUCAAGGAUGGAAAAGAAUCUGAAGAGACACAGGCAAAGUUAGACAAAAAAGAGCCUUUUGCAGUUGAAACUGCUGUUGAAACUCCUAGCAAAGAAGAAAGCAACGACAACAUAGUAUUAUCAAAGAAUACGACGUCUCAAGCUGAUGUGUGUUCUCAGCAUGAUGAGAAUGAUGAAGCAGAGAUCCGAGAACCGAUGGAUCAAGUUAACUCCGUGGUCGAGUCCGACUUGGGAGUAAGGAUUAUUGAGGAUAUUCGGUUGCCCAAGAUGGCGAAUAUCGACCAUUUUGCUGUAAAGGUCGACAACCAUGGUGAAGCGCCAGCAGCUGUCACAGAUUCCGCUUUAAAUCAAGAGAACCUAGCCACACAGGACCAAAAGAUUUGCGCAGAGAUGAAAGAUCCAACUAUUUUUACCACCUCGGACGAAACUCCAAUAAAGUCUGCUACUAUAUUAUACGCCAAGCCCGAUUCAACAAAACUGGAUCACAGCGAUGAACAUGACGAGGUUAUCCUGGAAACUGCCAUUGACAUGCUGAAGAAGGAGCAGGAUGCAGCGAGCACCGCAGAAUCCACAUAUCCGAAACUGCGGAUCGCAGAAGAUGCCAUUGAGAUGGCACUAGAGCAAUUGCACCAGCAGUCGCCGGACGAAACUGUGGUGACCUCAACGUCGAAUAGAGCGCCGCAGACGCCAAAAAGCCUCAUCACAAUACUCACCCAGACUCCAAAACAGGCUGAUCCACUAAGAUCCCAAACGAAAUCGAAGACUGUGUCGCCGAUGGCGACGCCUAAGAAGACGGCCACGGAGAAGACCCCAGUGAAGAAGAGAAAGGUCAACAUGGAUAGUUCGCCGCAGGUGCCAGCCCAUGAUGUUACCAUCGACGAAACUUUGGGUGCCUGCAGUCUGCAGGACGAGAGCUCAACUGUGACCAAACGCUGCUCCCUGGGCCACACAGACUACCAGUACGAACAGAUAAAGGACGAGGUCAUUUUAAGAGUGAAACGACGGGGUCGCCGACGAAAGCCAACACCUAUGGAAAUACCUACGACUGCUGCGGACAAACCAAUUUGAAAUAAAAUUGUGUAAUCGAUUUGAAGUGUCCACUUCGAAUUUAUUUAUAUAUAUUACAUUGCUGCACCCAAUGAUUGGGUGAAUAGGUGUUAAUUCACGCGAUCAGGACUUUCGAUCAUCUUGAACCAUGAGUAGGCAACGAUCCAAAAGUAAAUGGCUACACCUGUGGGUUUUGAAUUAUUAUUAAUAAUAAGGUACUUAAAAUAAGCAAACUAUUCUUAAUUCUGGAUAGUGUGAAAAUAUAUCAAAUAUUUUGCAAGCUUUACCAAAUCCGCCGAUGAUAAGGAAUAAGGUCAAAAUCACAGGGCCAAUUGCGACGCAAACAUAAAUGAAAAACAUAAGAUCAUAAACAAUGCGAAUUGCGCCUGUUAUUAGAUAGCCAAUGACCAGUUUUUUGGAUUUCUGGAAAAGACGAGAGUCUUAAUUAAUAGAUUGCUUCUAACUAGAAAUGAAUACUUACCACCCAAACAGAGCCAAUAACUGAGACACAAAACACUAGGUGGGCAAAGUGGAUGACAAGUGUGAUGAUCCAAACGUAGUAGGUGGAAGUGUAGCUGACCUCAAACGUUCCCAUAUCAUGAUCAAUCCACCAGUCCUCAUAAUAGGCUAGAUCUGUGCGACACUUUAUAUUCAAAUCGAUUGAGAUCAUAUUAAAACACAUACACUUAGUUUCC